AAUUGGGGAAGGCGUUUGGAAAUCAAUUUUCCUGCGUGCUUCAUGAUUAGGACGGUGCUUAGUUCUGCCGUCAGUUCCCAGUCCACGCGAUGUGCCUCGGGCUGCUUCAACAAGCGAGUCAUAGUCCAAACCCGGAACUCGUAUAGUGCUUUGCGUUGCUUUAAAUCUACAAUGGCGCUACUAACCGGACUUCGCCCAGAUCUCCAACAAAAAAAAAAAUACGUUUCAUGAGCAUUGUUAAAGAUUACACAACGAGGGAAAAUGGCGGAAAAGGGGGAAGUGGACAGCAGUGUCGCUGAGGAAUAUGAAUGCACAAUCUGCUACAACCACUUCGACGUGGAGCGGCAUGUUCCCAAAAUGCUGUCUUGCUCCCACACCUUCUGCUUGGAGUGUCUGGAGGCUGUAUACACCCGAGAGGGACGCGGCUGGAGGAUCGGCUGCCCGUUAUGUCGCCACCGAACGCCGGUGCCGCAACAUGUAGUGCAGGACCUCCCGGAUAACACCGCGGCGGCUGAGAAGCUGCCACCGGGUACACAAGCGCACACGGCGGAUGAAGAAGAGCGGAGAGAACCGAUCGUUCAAGAGAACCGUUGUCAGAUAUGCGCAAAAGUGGCAUUUAUGGCGGCUUGCGUGUGCACAAUUGUGUCCUUCUCGGCCACGGUGGCUCUGGUACCAGUUGGCCUGUUUUUCAUGCAUAAUGUCAAGAGCAGCAAGCCGGUGGGCGCCCUUUGCCUGGUCGGUGCAAGCGGACUGGCUCUCUUCUCCCUCAUUCUCACCUGGUUGGCGUGCCUGUUAAAGCAUCCGAGCUGAAA